AAAACGCCCGACCGGGCGAUUUUAAAGGGGAAAACGCCCGACCGGGCGUUUUGGUCGCGACUCCAGAAAGUUCGCCCGACCGGGCGUUUUGGCGACUUAAAAUCGCCCGGUCGGGCGAUGUGUUCUGUGAAGAUUGAAUUGCUAUUAUUUCCGCCCCGGGUAUAAAAAGAGACCUAGGUUUUCGACCUCAACACAUCAUACACGCCCAACAACAGUUCUUGAAGGUUUUGAGAGCGGAUUUGUGAGACAAGGAGUCCCAAUCUUCAACAAGAUUGAAGACGAAGACUAAUUGCCAUUCAAUCCAUCCUUGGGAGUAUUUUCAUUGGUUGUAUGCACACACGCUCUAGGGGUCUACCUUUAGAGCCUAUUGAUCUUGAGAUCGAAGCAUCCAACAGGAGGAGAAACGCUUUGAGAAGGCUAAAUCAAAGGAUCCGAGUCUCUUCUCCGGUCCAGAGACAAUCACCUUCACCGGUUCAAGAAUCACCGACACCUACUCCGUCACCAGUUCACUCCCCUAUUCAGUUUGAGCCACAUUCUCCUAUUCUGAUGGAGAACGUAGAGGGGAAUGAUGUUCCACCACCUCCUCCAACGAAUGCUUAGCUUCAACAACAACUCGAAGACCUGCAAAGGCAGUUAGAUCAAAGGCAAAAUGUGGUACCUGUCCAAAACAUGUAUGCCUAUCAUGGAGUGGCACACCCAACCGUUGGCAACAAUGUUAAUGCCAACACAUUUGAACUCAGGAGAGGAUUACUUCAGAUGGCUGAGAACAACGCUUUUAGAGGCCGACCCACAGAGGAUCCGAACAAGCACCUCACUAAAUUCAUCCAGAUCUGCAACACGACGAAGAUUAAUGGAGUCACAGAUGAACAGAUCAGAUUAAGGGUGUUCCCUUUUUCUCUGGAGGAUGAUGCCAAGGAUUGGUUAGACAGUAUGGAGCCAAACUCCAUUCGCACGUGGGAGGCCAUGGUUGAAAAGUUCUUAGAAAAAUACUACCCACCGAGUGAGGCAUUGAAGAGGCAGUCAGAGAUCAUUUCGUUUGAGAUGACUCCCCAAGAGAGUAUCCGAGGAGCUUGGGAAAGAUUCAAAGGAUUGAUGAAGAGGUGCCCCAACCAUGGGUUGAAUCCGACGCAUCAAGUCCUAGCAUUCUAUAGGGGGUGUCUGCCUGAAGCAAAGCGGGAACUAAAUUUGAGCGCAGGGGGAUCACUGCUAAAGAAGGGAGAAGCAGAGGCCAUGGAGGUGAUUGAGAAAGUGACCUCUAAUGAUGAAGGCUGGAACAACGAGAGGAGUAGAGUGCACAGGGUAUCCUCUGCCACAGAGAGCAACCAUAUAGACAACAUGUAUAAACAGAUGGAGCUCCUCCACAAGAAGAUAGAUCUCAUGGGGAUGGGACCAGCUAUACAGGAGCAGAAAGAGGGUGUAGAGGAUGUUAACUACAUACACCAAGGGGGCAAUAGCUACUAUAACAACUCCCGCCCUAAUCAAGGGGGUGGAGGUUACAACCAUUUCGGGAAUAAGGUGCAUCCAAAUCUAUCGUAUGGGAAUCCCAACAAUUCCCUGCAACCACCACCGGGGUUCACAGUUUCUCAAGGGAUGAUCACUGAGCCGCAAAAGAAAAGUUCAGAGGAUAUACUAAAUGAGUUCAUGAUACAGUCACAUAAGAACAUGGUGCAUACCAAUCAAAGGCUAGAGAAGGUUGAGAAUGAUGUCCACAGCAUGACAGUUCAUAUGAAGAGCCUAGAGACUCAGAUGAGCCAGAUUGCUCAAGCUGUGAGCAGUCAGCACAAGCCAGGGCAGUUCCCAGGACAACCAAAUGUGAACCCCAAGGAUUGCAAGGCAAUCUACUUAAGGAGUGGGACAAGCUAUGAGAGUCCUCCUAUGCCCGAAGUGGAAGCUAAGGAAGCAGCCGACGAGAAAGAAGAAGAGAAGAUUGAGGUGGAAUCGCCUCCUAUGCAACCCGAGGUACAACCCAAGGCAAUUGUUUCCCCCACGCCGAAAGAGGUUAAAAUUCCUUUUCCUCAAGUGGUGCAAAAGAAGAAGUUGGACGAGAAGCUUGUUAAGUUCCUUGAAAUCUUCAAGAGAGUGCAUCUCAAUAUUCCUCUUAUUGAGGCUCUCCAACAAAUGCCUGGCUACCUCAAGUUUUUGAAAGAAAUUGUAUCCAAGAAGAAGAGGUUGGUUGAUUAUGAAACCGUGAAUUUGACCGAGAAUUGUAGUGCAAUCAUCCAACAAAAGAUGCCAGCCGAUACUCACACUAGGCGACGACGGCCCAUGGGACAACAGGCCUCUAUCCGCAGCGCCAGAGGGGGUAGAAGGGCCUCCCGCCUAUCGGCGGGCGCGUCGGGAUCGCGCAUCCAACAGCCCUCCCCAAUCCCACAGCCCACGAUUGUGCUGAGAAAUUUACUUCAACUGUUGUCGUUCGAAACAUGUGAAGAAAUCAUAUGGGAAGCAUUCUUUCGGAAAUUGUUUGAUGAGUUGGCUAAAUCGUUGACAUCUAAUAACAAUAUUAUGAUGUCAUUGGCAGCUUCAAAGCUUUUGAGAUCAAACUUGUUGAUAGAGUUUAUGUCCACAAAGGCGGAAAAUUACCUUGAACCUGAACCUGGGAAACAAGAUUUUAUGAGCGCAGAUGCUUUGACAUUAAAAUUUGAGGAUGCUAUUUUCUUAGAACCAGCAUCAUCUCCUGCUGCAAAGAAAUCGAAGAAGGAAGGUCCUGAGUCAUCUUCUGCUGCAAAGAAUUCGAAAAAGGAAAAGAAUCCCAAGCGACUUAGCACUAGUGCUGCUUUGAUAAAAAGCGCUGACCAUUUCCAAAUCUUCAGAUAUCCUCUUGGAACAGAGUCUGCAAUAAAGGCAAUGUUGGAAUGUAACAUUUUGGUUUUUGUCGUCGACAAACGUGCUGAUAAAAAGAAUAUCAAAGAGGCUGCUAUAAGUAUGUUUAAGAUAAGGGUCAAGAAAGUGAAUACUUCGAUCACGCCUGAUGGGACCAAGAAGGCUUAUAUCAUGCUCCCACCGGAUUGCAAGGCUGCGGACGUGGCUAAGAGGAUUAAAAUCUUGUGA